CAGAGUAGCUCACUCUCUCUUCUCCUUUCUAGUGUUGAGCCACAGAGAAAACAAGAGAGAGCAACAACAAUGGCUAUGGCAAGUUUGGCUUGCAUUGCUGCUCUUCUCAUCUCACUAACAUCUAUCACCGAGGCUAGAAUCCCUGGUGUCUACUCCGGUGGUGCUUGGCAAGGUGCUCAUGCCACCUUCUACGGUGGCUCUGAUGCCUCAGGCACCAUGGGCGGUGCUUGUGGAUACGGUAAUCUUUACAGCCAGGGAUAUGGAGUGAGCACUGCUGCUCUUAGCACGGCGCUGUUCAACAAUGGCCUCAGCUGCGGUGCCUGCUUUGAAAUCAAGUGCGCAAACGACCCGAACUGGUGCCACUCUGGAAGUCCUUCGAUUUUCAUCACUGCAACUAACUUUUGCCCACCCAACUUUGCUCAGCCUAGCGACAAUGGCGGAUGGUGCAACCCUCCUAGGCCUCACUUUGACCUUGCCAUGCCCAUGUUUCUUAAGAUCGCUGAGUACCGUGCCGGGAUUGUCCCUGUUUCCUAUCGUAGGGUGCCAUGCCGGAAGCGCGGAGGGAUCAGGUUCACCAUCAACGGCUUCCGUUACUUCAACUUGGUUUUGGUCUCCAACGUCGCGGGUGCAGGGGAUAUCGUGAGGGUGAGCGUGAAAGGGUCCAGGACUGGCUGGAUGAGCCUGAGCCGUAACUGGGGACAGAACUGGCAGUCGAACUCGGUUCUGGUUGGUCAGUCACUCUCCUUCAGGGUCACAGGCAGUGACCGACGCUCCUCCACUUCGUGGAACAUCGUCCCAGCUAACUGGCAGUUCGGUCAGACUUUCACCGGAAAGAAUUUCCGAGUUUGAUUCCCGGCGACUUUUUCCUGAUGAUUUUUCCCGCCUUAAUAUUAUGUUUCCAUUUUUACCCUUUCUUGGAGCCAUUUUGUUGGAUGGUGCUUUUGACUGGGCGUUGGAGAAUGUGAAAGUGUUUUAGGGACAAGUUUGACUUUUUGAUUGGUGUGUGACUUAUGAGAGUGGUAGGGUUAAGAGGGGAAAUUACAUUGAAGCCCAAAACUAUAGGGAGUGGUUGAGGCGGUUGCAAAAGAUUGUAGCCCGCAGCCGUAUGAUACUAAGUACGACCAGAAGCUGUAGUAUAUGUCUUAUAUACGUAUGCCAUUUGUAGUAGUAACUUAUUUUGUUCUUCCAAGUAUUUGGCUUGUUUCUAUUGGCAUUAUACUUAAAUUUGAGUACUUGUAAGAGCAAUGAAAAUCUUCGUUUGCGUUUGAUUCGAC